AUGCCCGCCGAUGACCUCGCUACCCAACGCGCCCUCUUCUCCCGGUAUCACGCCCUCCUCGACACCGAGACCCUCCUCACCGCCCAACACAACGAAACCACUCGUCGAACCGACCGCCUCGCGCAGCGCAAAGCUCGACUCCUCUCCACUCGCGAAGACCGGCAGGAAUAUGUCUCCGAUGAUGUGCUCGUCGAGAUCGCGCGGGUCUUGGAUAUCGAGGCCGAAGAGAGCUUGUUGAAAGUCAGGGACCGGACAUUGCGGGAGAUGCUUGGCGAGGUGAGACAGGAGGUGGCGCGUUUCUGCAAUGAGAAGAGGAGAGGAUAUUGGCGCCUGCAAUGUCAAGAUUCGGAAGUUGGAUGGAGUGCGAGGGAUCGGAGCAUGGCUCUGGGAUUGCUUGUUGUUCUCCUGUAUGGACUUGCAUGGGCAAAUCUCAUCGAGGAAGAGAUCGGCUCUUCGCUCGUUGCCUUUUCGCUCAUUGCGAUGUUUCAAUCGGUUUGGGCACGGCGGGAGUAG